AAACUCUGGCUAUUUGUUAUCACUGAAUUUACUAUUUUUAAGUUAUUAGAUGAUGUUAGAACCUAACAUUUAUUCCAUCAAAAAGGGAAAUAUUCUGCGCAAUGAGAGGCGGAAGUACUGUGGUUUGUGAGGUGCUUUUUCAACAGAAAGAUGAGAUUAGAAAAACACCUAUCAUAUCUUUCUUCAGGGAUCAAAAUUGACUGGAAAUCACUAGUGUCAUUUCUAAAUGGGGAACUCAGGAUAUGUCCUUUUUUUUUUCAGGAGGCUCUUAUCCACAAGAAUUAGGAUCUUCUUUCUCUGAUCAGAUGAGUGAAUCUCAUACUUAUGCCAGUGAACAAGUAAAGUCUCGUGCUUCUAGACAAUGGCAAAAGAGAACAUGUGCAUUAACCACAAGCCAACGUGGAAAAAACCCAUCUCCAUUUGUCCUUGCCAGAUCCAUUGCUAUAGCCAUGGGGAUUCGUUUCAUUGGAAUGGUAAUAAUAUGCAGUGCCAUGAUCAUAACUUCAUUAUUCAACCAAGAAGCUCCAAUUUCUUUGAAAGAAAAUUACUGUGGUCCAUGUCCUAAAAACUGGAUAUGUUAUAGAAAUAACUGCUACCAAUUUUUUAAUGAGAGCAAAAACUGGUACCAGAGCCAAGCUUCUUGUAUGUCUCAAAAUUCCAGUCUCCUGAAGAUAUACAACAAAGAUGACCAGGAUUUCUUCAAAUUGGUAAAGUCGUAUCAUUGGAUGGGACUAGUACAAGUUUCCACAAACGGUUCCUGGCAGUGGGAAGAUGGCUCCAUUCUCUUGCCCAACCUACUAACAGUGGUUGAAAUGCAGAAUGGAACCUGUGCAGUCUAUGGCUCAAGUUUUAAAGCUUAUACAGAAAAUUGCUUAACUCCAAACACAUACAUCUGCAUGCAGAGAACUGUGUAAAAGCUUAUAGUUAAUAAAAUAUGAAGUAUUCAAAGACUCAAAAGCCAUUCGCCAUACACUUCUUGAAGAAAACUUCAGAAGAAACUUCUAUAUAGUAACUAAAUUUUUCCAUGUAUAGCACAUAAAAAUUUUUUGCAGGGAAUAAAAACUAAUAGAUAAAAACAAAAAGGUACACAUAUACAAUGGAGUAAUACUCAGCCAUAAAAAAGAACAAAACAAUACCAUUUGUUGGGCCUAGAUGGGCCUAGAGAUUGUUAUACUGAAUGAAGACAGAGAAAGAAAAUUAUUGUAUGAAAUAGCUUAUUUUGGAAUGUAAAUAAUAAAUGACAUAAAUGAACUUAUCUACAAACUAGAAAGAGAAUUACAGACCUAGAAAAUGAAUUUAUGGUUACCUGGGAGUGGAAGGAUACUUAAUGGAGCUUGGGAUUAACAUGUACACACUGCUAUAUUUAGAAUAAAUAACCAACAAGAAUCUACUGGUUGAAAAAAUGGAAAGGGGACAAGAGAAUGAUAUAGAUGAGAUGUGAUUGGCCAUGUGUUGAUAAUUUUUCAAGCUAAUUGGUGACUCCAUGGGGAUUUAUUACACUAUUUAUUCCAGUUUUGUGUAUGUUUGAAAUUUUCCAUAAUAAAAAGGUUUUUAAAAUUUGUUUUAAAAAUUAAAGCUUGGUGGAGGGUAUAUGAGAUUUCAUUUAAUUUUCUAUAUUUGAAAUUUUCAAAGUGAAAGUUGAAAAAUCAAUAAAUACACCCUCAAAUCUUCAAAAUUCCUCUACGAAUUUAAUAAAGCAUAUGACAUGUUUGACAGAAGUUGAAUUAUUCCUUGGAAUAAGAAUAUGGCACUAAUUGCUACAAAACUUAGAAUAUAAAUAGUUGAAUUUGAAGGAGACUUACAAGGCUUCUAGGGAAAAAGAACUCUACGCCUGAGUUGAAACCUGUAGAAUGGCUAUAAGCUGUCUGGGAAAAUCAUUUAGGGUACCAGAAUUCUUGGCAAAUGAAAUACUACAUGCCAACAUGUAGCUGUUAGAAGAGUCCGUGACUAGGGAAAGCCGGUUUGGUGGAAGCAGAGUGAUAGAGAACACGAGGAACAUAAGAUGUGGCGGAGAGAGAAGCAGAGUAAUAACUAGUAAUAACUUUUUAUUUUAUUCUCUAUUCUCAGGGCAAUUACUCUUUGUGUGUUUUAUGAAGGGCAUUAAGAAGUGGGCUGAACAGCAUUUUAGGUGGAAAUUAGUAUAAAAUACCAUGGGGAAAACUAUUUAUUUUCUACAUAGCCAAUCAAGGGCUGAGGAAUGUCUUAGAUCAACUUAAGUUUUUAAAUCAUUGCCUGAAUUUGUAUAAUAGGCACCACCCAGAAUUAAGGAAAUGGCAACCCACUCCAGUAUUCUUGCCUUAGCUACAGUCCAUGGGGUCACAAGAGUCAGACACGAUUUAGUGACUAAGCCACCACCAACAUUCAGGCAUGUUUGCAUUAAGAUUUUAUUAAAAUUUUAAGUCAUAAAAAGCAUACAAAAAAGCACAUAUGUUAGCUUUGGAGAAAUUAAGAAAUUUAAAUUGGGCUACUGAAACUAACAACAAAGAAGUUUUAUGAUAUAGUGUAUACAGUUUAGAGAAAGCACUGCUAAACGAACAAUGGUAAAAACACUGUGGAAACUUAGAAUUUAGUGAAAAUGAAAACCCUAAGAGUAAAGCAACCACAGAAACUAGCUUUCAUUCUGAGGGUUUUUAAUAAUCUUGGGGAACCUUAGUUUCUGUUUUAAUGGUUGUGAAACAAGCCAUAGAGUUCAGGGGCCACCUAACUAAAGGAUUAUAUACAAGUUUUCUUUCUAAACCUGGGACCUUCAAAGGCUGCAAUCUCAUAUUGUUGUUGUUGUUUAGUCAAUAAAUCAUUUCCAACUCUUUUGCAACCCACGGACUAUAGCCUGCCAUGCUCCUCUGUCCAUGGGAUUUCCCAGGUAAGAACUCUGGAAUGGGUUGCCAUUUUCUUCUCAGGGAGUCUUUCAGACCCAGGACCAAACCUGCGUUUCUUACAUCUCCUGCACUGGCAGACAGGUUCUUCACCAUGAGCCACCAGGGAAGCCCAAUCUCAUAUACUGAAUAAGAAAUAAAACUUGUAUUUCAGGAAAUAGUAACAAUGACCCUUGCUAGUGAAAAAAAUCAGAAUAUGUCACCCCAAAUAUGCCUCUUUGAUAUGAAAACCAUUUUGAGCUAAAAAUAAUUAAGAAGUAACUUGAAAUCACUACCUCAAAUAUAUCUGCACCCUAUUUUCAUAGCAUGGUGAUUCAAAAAACCAAGACAUGGAUACGACCCAAGUGUCUGUCAACCAUCAAACAAAUGAGUGCAUAAAGAAAGUGUGAUACAUAAACAAGGGAAUACUAUUCAGGUAUAGAGUGGAAGGAAAUCUUAUCAUUUGCAACAACAUCAGUGGACCUGGAAUAAGCCAGACACAGACAAACACUAUAUGAUCUCAGUUCUACGUGGAAUCUAAAAAAGCCAAAUUCAUAGAAACAAAGAGUUGAAACAUGGUUGCCAAGGCCUAGGGGGAGGGAAAAUGGGAAGAUGUUGGUCACAGGUACAAAUUUCCAAUUAUAAGGUGAAUAUGAAUAAAACAGAUAACUAAUGAGUAGAUAUCGUAUAGCACAGGGAAUUCUUAAUACACUGUGGUGACCUGAAGGGAAGGAAGUCUAAAAGGAAGGGGAUUUAUGUAUAUGUGUGGCUGAUUCAUUUUACCCUCCAGUAGAGACUAACAACAUUGUAAAGCAACUAUACUCUAAUAAAAUUAAUUUUAAAAAGUAAAAUAAAAAAUACAUAAGAUGAAUAAGUUCUGGGGAUUUGCUAUAUAAGUUGGUUGCUAAAAGAGUAAAUCUGAAAUAUUUUCACACCAUAACAAAAAAAAAAUUGGUGAUUAUAUGGAGUGAUACAUGUGUUAACUAAGCUUAUUGUAGUACUCAUUUUAUAAUAUAUGUGUCUAAAGCAUCACAUUUACACCUUAAAUGUAUACAACAUUAUGUGUCAAUUAUAUCUCAAUAAAACCUGUGAGAGAAAAAAAAAA